AGAUAUGAUAAUGUACAACCACAACCACAACCACAAUCACAGUCACAGCCACAACCAACUUCAUCAUUGGGUUAUGAUAAUGUUGGUAAAAAUCAAUUAAAUAUUAAUAAUAGUGAUGGUGGUAGCAAUAAAGAGUUAACAUCAAGAUAUGAUAAUGUUUCAACUAGUAAUAGAUCAAUUGGCGAGUCAAAUGAUUCAACAUCAUCAAGAUAUGACAAUGUUUCUAAUUCUUUAUUGGUUGAUAGCCUCUCAUCAAGUACUGGAGCGGUCAAUAAUACUUCAUCAUCAUCAUCAUCAUUAUUAUCAUCAAAUAAUUAUAGUUCAUCACCAUAUAAUUCUUAUAAUGCACAAACAAGCAAUAAUAAAGGAGAAGAGACAUCCAAUAGUACAACUACAAAGAAAGAUUAUAUCGAAAGAGAUAUUGGUGAAGAGGAUCUUUGUCUUUUAGAAAAUCUUAUUAGGUAUAAAUCAAGAUUGGGCAAAGAAGAUGAACAUGAAAUCCAUGUACCAAAUAAACUUUUAGAAAAAUCAGAGCAAAACGAGGAACCAGGUAGUGGCUAUGUCGAAGAGGAGGAGGAUAAUUUAUUAUCAAACCCAUAUAUUAGUAAUCAUUCUACAUUUACCUCAUCCUACUCACAUCCAAAGUUCCUUACAAACAAAGGUCUUACCGAAGGCUUUUCUUCAAGAACUAUUGUUCAGUCAUCUGCAUCUGCAAUUUCGAAUGCCAGUUCAAGCAAAAUUAGAUUAGAAAAUAUUUCAAUAACAUCAUGGAAUUCAGAGUUUCAAAGAUUAUUGGAAAUGGAUGAUUGUUUGGAAAAAUUUGAAAGAUUAUCAUCACUAGAACACGAUUUUGUUUAUGCAGCUGAAACUUAUGGUAGAAUUAUUAUUUCCGAAAACUUUUUGUCCAACGAACUUAAAACUAUUAAACCAGUUAGUGUGGGUGGUAUCGCAGGUGGUGAAAAAUAUAUUGUUCAAGGUAUUCUCUUUAAAUUCGCUUUGGAAAAUGAAACUUUUGGUCUUUAUGGUAGCGAUGAAAAUGCAAUGAAAACAGCAGCUCACGAACUCAAUGGCUGUACAUCAUUCUUAAAUUGUGGUAUUAAGGGUUUACAUGUACCAUUAAUGGCAUAUAUCGAUUACAGAGGUUUCCGUCUUAUGGCAAUGAGUUUAUUGCCAAUUUCAAAGAAAUCAUUAAUUUAUGGCUCAUGUGAUGCUGGUCAAACUGUUCAUACAAGUAAUAAUAUUUUCAAUCAUCUCUUUGGCAAUGCAUCUAAAAUUGUAAACUUAAAAUCGCACAUGGUUCAAGAUUCAUCAGGUGAUAUUAAGUCAAUUUAUGGUCCAAUUGAUAUCGAAGGUCACAUUGGUGCUGAUAAUAGAUUCUAUUUACUCGAUUUUGCUAGACUCUCCCCACCCGAACCAGUUAGACAUCGUGGCUCUUAUCUCUAUAAACUUUUACGUUUGGAACUUGUAAGAAAGUUCCACAAGCCUUUAUGUAGUGACGCUUUUUCGCCAAUGGCAAAUAUUGAAAUCGAUAUUCACAACUCUGAAGUUAAAGAAUGUUAUGACGAACUCAUUAAUAUAAUCAUUCCAAAUUUCGCUUUUAAUCUCGAAAAUACUUAUUUAAAAAAUGAGUCCUUUAGUACCACUAUCAAUACUGACCAUUACUUCAACCACUACAAAAAUAUUUCAAAACAUUUCCAUCUUGAGGGUAUUAAUUUAAGAUAUUUAGGUGAAGUACGUAGUUAUGUUAGAUCCGAUAUAUUAAAAGAUUUCCUUACUGCAGAAGCUAUAGUCAGAACCCUUAAAAGUUUGGCAAGAGAAUUAUUAAGAAGAGAAAUGAAAAAAACUCAUUUGCCAUCGGACUAUCCAUAUAGAAAUUUAUUAUUAAACUUCUUAAAUUUAGUUUUUGAUGAAUACACAGGUCAAACCGAAGUAUUUUGGACUAAAAUAGUUUUUGAAAAAAUGCAAAAGAAAUUCCUUAAUAUUUUCCAUAAUCGUGGUUUGGGUGAAUUUGAAACAGCAGAAGAUGGUUCUAAAAAUGUUCUAGGUCCAGAUAGUCCAGAUGAAAUACUCAAAGAGAUGUUAGAAAAUAAAUCUAUUCGUUAUAAGAUUUUAACCAAAUUCUGCAAAUCAAUUGGUUUAGUUCUUUCAAAAGUAUCCAAAGCCCAAUUUAAAGAAAGUCCAAAAUCAUUUGUUUUCGUUGACCCAGAUAUUAUCGAGAUCAAAACUUUAAUCACCAGAUUAAAUAUCAUCGAUUAUGCUGAUGGUAUGAGUCUUUACUAUAAAUCAAUGGGUCGUGGUUUAAGCCAUUCAUCAAAGACAAGACUAUUAACAAUUUCACAAACUCGACUAGAAGAGUCUCUCCAUUCUAUGAGUACAAAUUAUAACUCUAUUUUCCAAAUGGGUAAUGUUAUUCGUUUAAUUGCAAAAUAUCAAGAAUAUAACGAUAAAGCAAAGAAAUAUUUAGAGGCAGAUAAAACUUUCCAACAGUUAGAAAAUCUUAGAAUUGAUCAAAAUCUUUUAUUACAAUCAAAAAUUCACCGAGUAAAAUCCAAUAUUUCAUAUUUAUUAUAUGAAAGGAUUACACCAGAGCAUUUAGAAAGAAUUGAAGCAUUAAUAAAAGAUUGUAUUGAAUUAUCGCCAUCAAAAGCUUAUCCAACUUAUCUUUUAGCUAAAUUGUAUACUAGAAUGAAUUCAUAUUCAAAAAGUGAUUUUGAAAAAGUUAAUCAAGCAUAUGAAGAUAUAUUUUUAAUUGACGAAAACUAUCAAAAGGGUCAUGUUAAUUAUGCAGUUUUCUUAUUAAAUACUCAAGAAAAAAAUCCAAUUUUUUCAACAGAAAAAGUUUCAGCAGAAAUUGUUAAGGCACUUUCUCAUGGUAUUGUUGAUAGCAUUAUUGAAAAGAUUGAACCAGUUGUCAAUUAUAAUCCAUGGGUUGUUUACGAAUCUUCAAAGAAUAUUCCAAAAAUCAAAAUAAUGGUUAAGAAAGCUUUUGCAACUAUGGUCGAAAAAAAAGGAAAACUCAUCAUUCCAAAUAACAUCAGUGUAUUACCAGAGGAUAGAUACUUUUUUGAAAAUAUUCAAUUAUCAACUCUUCAUCUCAAAGAGCAUUCAUCCUCUGAUAAUAUUAAAGUUUUAUUUUCAGUUUUCCCAUCUGCUAAUAAGCUUUAUCUCAGAGAAUCCAAUGUCGAUAACAUCCCCAAUCUUUUUAGCGACAUUAAAUUCUGCUCAAAUCUUACUCAUAUCAACUUUGGUUAUUCAAAAGGUAUCCUUGAUGAUUAUUUAGUUACUAUUAUUACACCAAAUCUUAUUAAACUUAAGCUUUAUGAAAUUCAAGAGAUUACUCAAGUUACCAUCAAUAAAAUUACUGAGGUUGCCGAAAAUUUACAGGUUUUAGAUAUUGGUGGUUGUACUGGAAUUGAAAGUAGUUGUGUACUCGCUCUUUUGGAAAAGAACAAAAAAAUCAAGAAAAUUGCUUUUCCACCAUCAAUUGAUAACGACACAUUAAUACAAAUCUUCAACAUAUCUUCACAAUUGGAAAGAAUUGAUUACAUGAAGUGUAAUUUAUUAACAAAAGAUUCAUUUUCACAAUCUUUCAAAUAUUUACCAAAUCUUGUCAAAUUUAGAGAUCCUGUUGGUGUUCCAUAUUUCUUUUUAGCUCAACAAUUUUUUAAUACAAGAAUUUCAAAAGGAGGCUUUGAACCAGUUAUUCGUUAUUUUUCAAAAUACAAUGGCAAAGAUAUAGAAUUAUUCCAUAUCAAAACAUCAUUUAGUAUGUCAGCUCAUGAUAACAAAGAAUAUAUUCUUUGGUUUAAUAACUUUCAUCCAUUGGUUCGUUUCAGAGAUCCUCCAAACUCAUCCAAUGGUUUAUUUCAAGCCGCUAGAGCUGUAUACUCAGAAAGACCCCAUAAUACCCUUACAGUUUACAGAAAGUCCAAUCCAAAUUCUUUUUUUAAUACAAAUGAUUUUAUUAUUACAUGCUUUAACUCAAUGUCACCACUUCAGUCAUUUACCUUUGAUUAUCUCAACUCCAAAUAUUCAUUUUCACUAAACCAUCUCACCUCAGUCCAAGGUAAAACUUUCCAAACAAAUAUUGGACUCAAUUCAAAAACUAUUUUAACUCUUGGUAAUAGCAAAUCAAUGGGUAUGAUGUUAGAUAUCGAAGUUAAAGAUAAAAUUACUCCAAUAUUUAUC